AUGAAAGAACCGGUGCUCCCUUGCCUGAAGCGUGGCCUUCGAGGUGGCGGCGCAGAUGGCCGAAUGGUGGCAGAACUGGAGGGCGCCACAGACCUGGUGGAUUUGACUGGAAGGGUGAAGGAGGUGUUUGGGCGCUACCGGGCAGAUGAUAGACGUAGCUUUCUGACGAGGCCAGAGAUGCAAAGAAUGCUGAACGACCUGAUGCCAAAUACAAGCUACAAGCUCUUAGACAAGCUGUUGAAGGAGAUCGAUGGCGACGGCGCAGACGGCAAGUUUACCACCCCUGAGUUCGUGGAUUGGCUGGUUGGAAAGGCGGGGCUUUCAAGACAAGCCCAGCGGGUUGUACUCCGAGCGAUUGUCGAAGCCACCGGCGAUUCCUUGGGAGCGAGGGUCAUGGAGAUGUUCGAUCGGUACGACCUGGAUGGCAGUUGCUUCUUAGAGAGGCACGAGCUGAUGAAGGUGCUGCGGGUUUUGGAUUCUGAGAUCACCACUGCGGAGAUCCAGAGAGUCUUGGAAGAGCUCGACACCAGUGGCGACGGAAGGGUGUCCUACAAGGAAUUCCUCGCCUGGCUCCACAUCGGCGGUUCGCUGGCCCGAAAGCUCUCGAGCAAGCUGAAGCAGGUUACAGGUCCUGUGAGAGAGAAGAGGGUCAAAGACGCUUUCAACUUGUACGACGUCAGUGGAGAUGGGUUCCUGGACAUCUCUGAGCUGCGGAAUGCCAUGGGCAAGAUGUUCCUCUUCAACCAGGAAGAGGUGAACAAGAUCUGUGCAGACCUGGACACCAGUAAUGACGGCGUAAUCUCAUACAAGGAGUUUUCAAUCUGGAUGCGGAAGGGGUCCACUUCCAAGGAGGUACUCAAAGGAAAGACCAUCCUGGCUCCGAUCGACAGUGAUGGCUUGGAUGCGGUGUUCUAUGUCUUCUGUGGACCUGGAAAAACCGAAAUGGAGAUGAAGGAUUUCGUAAAGUUCUGCAAAAACUGCAAGUUUGUUGACUCGACGUUGCCUCCAGCUGUGGCAGAGCUGGUCUUCAACGACCACCGGGUGAAGCCGCAUGGGCGACGCACCAUCGACUUCUUCGAGUUCGCGGUUGCCUUGGAGCUGCUGGCCGAGCGCAGGAACGCCAAGGUCAGCGAUCUGCACACGGUGGCCUUGCUGACUGGGGGGCCACAAGCGCAACUCAAGGGAGCGGUCGUGGAAACAGCGGCAAACAAAGGUCCGGUGCGCAAGCAGCAUGCUUCGAAAGGGGUCGCAAAGAAGAUGAAACCUAUCUUGGAUGACAAGGAAGGUUGGAAGCGUGACGUGGAGAAUUCCGAGCUUUGGAAGAAAUUUGGCAUCGGGACCUCUGCCGGCCGGUGCCUCCGUCAGAUCUAUUGCCCGUCGGAGGUGUCACAGCCCACACCGCCGUGCACCGGCCUGCCCCAUGUGCGGCGAAGCCCUGCCCACCUUCAGAAGUUCGCAGGACUUGCAGCCGGCACUUGCCUGUGA